CUCUGGUGAGCAAGCCAGCUAUCUUUAUCCUAAUCAUCUCAAUCCCAUCGACUUGGAAAGGGCAGAACUUUACCAACCAUGCCAGCAAACGCCGACAGAAAGCAUUCGGACAAGGAUGGCGCUGAUGGUGAGCUAGUGAGCCCACAGACAUCCCAAAUAUCCCACCUGGAAGAAAAAGGCCAGAACAUACCCGUCGUGGACAAUACCGAUCAAGAUGACGAGUUCAGCUAUACCGAGCAACGGAAGAUUGUCCAUCGCAUCGAUCGCCGGCUGAUUAUUGUUUUGGGUCUGAUGUAUUGUGUGUCGCUGAUCGAUCGAGGAAACAUGCCCAAUGCCGCGAUCGCUGGUAUGCAUGAUGACCUGGGUACCAAUAUUGGUUAUCGCUAUUCUAUCGCCACUCUCGUCUUCUUCGCAACAUAUACUUUGUUUCAACCUCCUGCCACCGUAGUCACUCGCAAGUUGGGUCCGAGGAACUUUUUACCCGCUCUUUGUGUCGCAUGGGGUGUCGUCAUGAUUGGAUUUGGCUUUAUCCAAGAUUGGGUCGUCUUGAUCCCCCUUCGCUUACUGCUUGGUCUUUUCGAAGCUGGCUUUUUUCCAGGUUGUUUCUAUCUGAUCUCGACAUACUAUACACGAUUUGACAUGCAGAAGCGAUAUGCAUGCUUCUACCUGGUCGGCACGCUCUGCAAUGGAUUGUCUGGUGUGUUGGCAUAUGGAUUGCAACAGAUGGACGGUCUAGCAAACUACCGUGGCUGGAGAUGGAUCUUCAUCAUCGAAGGGAUCUUGACCGUGAUUGCCGGCUGCAUCGGCUACAUCUACGUGGUUGAUUUCCCAGACCAAAUCGCCAAGAAGCCAGCAUGGGGAUUUCUUAGUGUCAAGGAGGCCGAAUUCCUCCUCCGGCGUAUCAAUCGAGAUCGUAACGAUGCCGAUCCAGAACCGUUUAGCCUAAAGGUAUAUGUUGCAGGCGGUAAAGAUUGGAAGGUUUGGUCAUUCGCUUUGGUCUUCUUUUGUCUCACCACUUCAGCAUAUGCCAUAUCCUUCUUCCUACCAAUCAUUCUCCGUGAGAACAUGGGCUUUAACAUCAGCGAAGCGCAGUAUCUGUCGGCACCUCCAUAUGGACUGGCAUGUAUUGUGAUGUAUACAAUGGCCUGGGUAGGCGACAGAUACCGAAUUCGAGGACCCUUGCUCUUUGUGAACUGUCUAUUUGGUCUCAUCGGCGCACCACUAUUGGGCUGGGCCACUCAACCAGGCGUACGAUACUUUGGAACAUUCCUCAUCUGCGCGAGUGCACAAGGCGGAAUUCCCACCUGUAUGGCAUACCAAGCCACCAAUGUACGAGGGCAUUGGAAACGGGCAUUUUCCUCGGCGACGUUGAUCGGCGCCGGGGGAGUCGGUGGGGUGGCUGGUUCUUUGAUCUUUCGAUCAGUGGACCGUCCUCAUUACCGGCCUGGCGUCUAUGGUUGUAUUGCAUGCAAUGUCCUGGUGGUUAUUCUCGUCGUGGUCAACAGCAUCUAUUUCCGUCAUGAGAAUAAAAAGGCUGAUCGUGGUGAGAAGAUCCUUGAGGGGGAUCCGAAUUUCAGAUAUACUAUCUGA